CAGACUCUUUACCGGUGGCUCAUCAUGUUCGGAGACCUAUUUAACGUAGACGCAUCUAUUCCAGGAGGGCAGCGACUUGAAUUGAACCGUUCUGCUGCCCAGAUUCCUAAAACACAGUCUGCUGGCGGGCAUGGACCCAUAAAUAAUAGUAAUGACCUUGACGAAUAUAUCAACAACACUCUUGCAGAGGAGUUUAACAAGUUGUCCCUUAACAACCCACCUCUGGCCCCAUACGUUUACCCAGUCGAUCCCUCUGCCGUCUCUAUUUCCGAUGCUAACAAGGAGCCAGAGAAUCACACCAACAUCAACAAUAUCAACGAUUUCCAACCUAAAGAAUCAACAAUCGGACCAUACAACCUAUAUCCUAAGCGAUACUAAACGGCAGCGUGCCGGUGGGCAAGCAACAGGGUAGGCCGGGAUUACGAAUCACCCAUCACGAUCUUCGCAGUUAACUCCAGCGCAACAGAAUACCAAAGGUCUGACAAGAACAAAAUUGGGCAGAAAGGGGAGAAGGCGGAGAAAGAGGUCGCCUCUCCCGAUGAGCAUCAAAAAGGAUUUGAUACCUGUUCAAAUACGCCGCGUUGCUAGUAACCUGAUCGAAGAUAAUGCACUUACUUAUUUUCUUGAAAAUUGUCAGUUUAUUUUCGAAGCUUGGACGUCGUUACUAACGACGAUAGCUUCAACGAGCGUUGAUGAGUCCGUCGUCGCUGCGUUUGACAUAGUGCACUCUUUAACCCAGAGCAAAGAUCGCAAACGCCUUACCUUAAGUUUCGCUUAUGUUCAUUUAAACCGCGCAAUUAAUACCCUCGACGCAGCAGCGGAUGCUGCCUACACUGAUAUAUACCUUAAUACGAAACCCAAUUCGUCGGAUAUCUCAAGUCGUCAACUGACCGAGUACGUACGUAGAGGUCAACGUUGGUUCACACUCGCAGGCCCGUCACCUUUCCUAUUAUCCGUGUAUUCAAGAUUAGCUGAGACAAUAGUGUACGUACUACCCGCCUCUUUUGUAAUUCCUUCGAUACUAAACACGUAUAAAGCUUCAAUAAUUCAAUAAAGCUUGCGAACUUGCAGGCACUAGCCGAGACGGUCCAGGCUAUCUAUCCUGAGCUUGUCCAUGCCUUGGUCACUUUCGACGACAGUAGGGGAAGUGACAUGCAUCUUAGAGGUGAGGUGUCAUGGCCAACCUAGACAGAUUAAUUUAGGCAGAUGCGGAGAUUUAUGUGGGCAGACUAAUCCGAGGAGGUCAAUCUGUGGACACUAAUCUGGGGAUAUUUAUUGGGCAGAUGUAUCUGGGGAGACUAAUCUGGGGGCGUCAAUCUGGAUGCGAAUAUUUAUUUGGGGAGGUCAAUCUGGGGAGAAUCUGGGGAUUAUUAGGUAGAUGCAUUUGGAGAGGCUAAUCCAGCUACGCGAGAUAGGAUGUGCAACAAAUUGAUUUUUAUUUUCUCACAUGAUCUAAGAGGAAGUCGGC